UGCCUAGAGGAAAGCAACAAUUAAGCUGUUGAGAAAUAACCUGUUAAUCCAUAACCUAAACAUCCAAUAAAUAAAUAAAAAUUAGAAAAACAAAUUUGUUCCUUUAGUUUUCUAACACUGUGUUUUUAACUGCAGUCUUGGGGACUCUUUGGCCCUUAGCCUACAGCAACUAUUUCAACUUUUCCCAGCUGCAGCACACCUUUACCAGCUUACUAAUCAUCACACGCCUUUACUGAGUGUCAGGGCUUCGGGGUGGAGUUGAAAACACCUUAAAUCUGGGAAUUAACCAAAGCUGGAUGGAGCUCUGUUCACUGAAGCUGACAGUGGGCAGUGAAGGAUCUGCUGCAGGUUUCAGUAGGCGUUUCAGAAGCUCUCAGACACACCCGUCUGGUUCCUGCUGAAACCCAGCCCAUUAUACCUCACUCACAACCCGGCAUGCAGGAGGACUGGAGCUCUGCACUCAGAGUGUGAUGCUAGUUUAUUUGGCGUUUAAGUGAAAUUAUAUAAUCCCAUUAUUUCCCACUGUCUGCUGGAGGACGCAUGAGGAUUAAUACAGGAAGCUGUGGAAAGCGCGGUAAUGGCCAGUUUUCUUUGCCGUUAUCGUCGUCGGAUCCUGCUCUGCUUAUGUACACCAUGUAUUCUGUUGGCCUGCCUUUUCAUCUACGUUGCGUUGGCUGUGUGUUUAUCCAUGACUCCCUCGAACACUCCUGUGGGGGCACCUCCUCUACCCCCCUAUUUUAUAGCAUCAGGGGCCACAAAUUCUGGGCUCCUGGCCCCUUAUCCUAUCAACUCCUUCUGGAAAUAUGAAUUGAGCAAUGAAGCGCAUUGGAACAUGAUCCAGCACGUCAUAGACCGCCAGCACAACCCCAUCUUACGACCCAGGAAUGGUAUUUUAGGUAAUUAUUCCAGGGUGGACAAUAGCAGUGCAGAUUUAACACAGCAAAAACCUGGAUGUUUCCCAAACUAUGAUGUGAUUUGGUCACUGUCGGAUUAUUUCUCUCUGCCAUCACAGAUUCAGAGGUUUGUCAUUUCCAUGCACUGCAGAGAUUACCCUGUCAUCAUCGACCAGCCUAGAGUGUGUGGCAAUGCAUCACAGCAACAUCAGGCAGAGGGUCUGAUGUUACUGCUGGCCAUUAAAUCUCAGGCCCCGAACUUUGAAAACCGCCAGGCCAUCAGGAAGACGUGGGGACGGUCAGGUCUGGUGAAGGGACAAGUGGGAAAAGGUGGGCAAGUGCGCAGAGUGUUCCUUUUGGCCAAGAAUCAAUCAGGCCAUGACCUGGAUACGGUAAAGAAGCUUAAAGAGGAGAGUAAGAAAUUUGGUGACAUUAUCAUGUGGGACUUUUUGGAUGCUUUCUUUAACCUCACACUGAAAGACAUCCUAUUCUGGGACUGGUUUUCCAAGAACUGCCAUAAUACCCGCUUUGUGUUCAAAGGAGACGACGACGUCUUUCUGAGGACCCCUGUUCUUCUCGACUACUUACAGAAAGUGGAAGCAGAGGCUCGCUUGAACGGAUCUAGACGUGGCAAACCACUAGAGGAAUUCUACGUAGGUGAAGUUAUAACCUCUGCUGCCCCUUUACGCUCCAAGACCACCAAGUAUUAUAUCCCGGACAGCUUCUAUAAAGGGAUGUAUCCAUCGUACGCAGGGGGAGGAGGGGUGGUCUACUCUGGAGCUUUAGUCCUCAGACUUCUGGAAGUGUCUAAAAGGGUUCACCUCUUCCCCAUUGAUGAUGUUUACCUUGGAAUGUGUCUGCAAAGGCUGGGGGUGAUUCCUACCCACCACCCUGCCUUCCUUACUUUUGAUUUCCCCAACGAUGAGGGCAAAAAGCCCUGUGCCCACCACACCAUUGUGCUGGUCCACAAACGCUCCCCAAAAGAAAUGCGGAAACUGUGGGUGAAGACCCAGAAUCCAAGCUAUAAAUGCAGAAAGGUUACACUUAGAAAAGACCCGGAGAAAGAAAUAGAGAAAAAAGAAACAUGAUAGUGAGACAAAACAUUAAGGUCUAUUACUGUGAACUUUCUUGUAAACCAGCAACGGACUAAAGGAGAUUUGACAAAGCAGCAUCAGGGACAGGACAGAAGGCAAUGGUGGUCUAGCAGGUUUUGGAAGUGCAAUAUUUUCUUCCCAGCUAGAGUAUGCAACAUGUUUGGAUGACAACUUGAAGACACUUGUCAAACAUACAUUGUCAAACUGGAUUAGUUACCUUUGCGUAUUUUCUUUUUGGAUGCAAAUGGAAACCAUGCACUGGAACACUUUCUUUUAAAAGACUA